UCUCAUCAAUGACAUUAAGCGAAAGAGAAUAGAAUUGUCAGUGUUGUUAUGGAUCUAAUAAAACGGAUUAAUAUCGAGUUGAAGUUCAAUUAGUUCGAGUUACGCAAACGCAAAUCGAUUAAUUUUUAUUUGUGUAAAGGAAAAUGGAUACUAACAUAACGAAAGUGGGCAUAGAGAAGGCUUUUUUAAAAGCAGAAAUAAAAAAUAGAAAUAUUGCUGUGAAAUUAUUAAAAGUGAUAUUUAGCUACGGUUAUAAAUAAAAUACUUAUGCCAUAGUAGGUCUAGGAAUUUUUCAUUAUAAUAUUUAAAAGUUCUGAAAACAAUUACAACUAGGUAACUUAGUUUUGUUGCUAUUAGUUUUUGUUGAACUUAUAGCAACAAAACUACAUCAAAUUCCAAUCAUAUUUUUAUAUUAUGUGUAGUGAAUGAAUGAAUAGGGUUUAUUAGUAAGCAACAAAGGUCAUAAAAACAAUAAAAAACCGUUUAUUAUCUAUAUACUUACCCGAUAUGUAUCAAAUAUACUAUGUAUUCGUACAAAAUAACGUGCAAAUAAGUCAUUUUUUUUUAACUAAGAUCAGUUACUAAAUCUUGUAUUCAUAAUAAUAUGAGUAAGUAUUUAAAAAAAACGAAGUUUUAUUUCGGGAACUUAUAUUUUUUUAAAAUACUUCCUUAUUGUUGAUCGAAGAGUUAGCGGUUUUGUUUUACAGUAGCACAGAAUAUAUUUAAUGACAAUAAUAUUGUGCAGCCUUUGGUGCAGACACAGACCAGUUAACUUUACAGUUGUAAAGGAUAGAUCUUUUUCAGUUUUUUUUUUUAUGGUAAAAUGUCAAAUUGACAAGCGGUUGGUUACGGUUGGUUAUUUUUAUUAUACUGUUUUAGGCGGUUAGGCGGUUGCUAAUAUUAUUCAAUUAUUUUUACUGUAUAAGUUUAAUAACUGGUUCAACUAUUUAAUUUGUACGUUUACAGUCAAUUAAAUGGAAAGCUGAAGAAAACUAAGACAUUGGUUGAGUAGGCAAGCCUAACGUUAUGACUCAAUACUCAGAAUAAACAAUGGAAAAGCUGUGGGUGUAUGUCGUUGCACUUACAUCUUUAUGUAUUAUCAUUUGCGAUGGUGAUCGUGGCUAUUACCUUGGCUGCUUCACUUUGAAUAUAGAAAAUUUGUUGAAUACGCAUACCGGACAGAACGUAGACGUGUGUCUGUCUGCAUGUGAACAAGUUAACUAUAGGUAUGCUGUAAUCGGCAACGAAUCCACUUGUUUCUGUGGUAAUUCGCCCGGUCAGACACUAUUACCGCUAGAACAUUGUGAUACACCGUGCCCGAAAAACGAAUCUCAGAAAUGUGGUGGGGUGAAUGCUUCAAGCGUGUACGACACAGAAGUGACUGCUCCGGGACCACCGGCGUCAGUAGACGUCGUCAAUGCGACUGAGACCACAGCCCGCGUUCAGUGGACGGCCCCGCAAGCAUAUACUUUCAUUACUGGAUAUGUUAUGAAGGCAAUUGUCACUGAAACUUAUGCUGACGUUAUUCUACCGCCGUUAGAGUGGCGACUUUCCAAUAAUACAUUUUUUAAUGAGCUUCUAAAUUUACAACCAGGAUCUACUUACUCUGUCAGUGUUGCCGCUCUAAACUAUGAUGAAGAAGGUCCCAAUAUUACUACCACAGUGACUACAAUUAUUGGCACCCCUGAUCCCAGUCCACCUGAGAUAGAGUUUAGAGAUAGAAAAGGAGAUAGGAUGGUUAUCCAUAUCCCCAAAGCUAAAAAUGUGAAUGGUCCUGUGUCAAUGUACAGAGUGGUCGUUUCAGUAGAACUGUAUCAGCAAGGAUACAUUACUGAAACACUAGGGAACUACACUUAUGCCAAUGAACAAGGUUUGCCUUACUACAUCACAGCAGAAUUAGAUCCAUAUGAUAUUACUAAUGACUUUAUUAUUGGAGAUAGGAGCACCUACAAUGGAUUUUAUAAUGCCCCAUUACCACUAACCAAUGACAUAGACGUUUCCCUAGGUGUUGUUAGUGAAAAAAAUCAUGUGAGAAAAAUAAGGUAUGCAGAAUCUACUAAGAAGAUAAUAUUAAAUAUCAAUGAACCUGAAGAUAUAUCCCCUAUGGUAGUGGCUCUUGGAGCUGGGAUUGCAAUCGGUGUCGUCUUACUGCUGAUAGGAGUCGGAUUCCUUAUAAUACUUAGGAAGAGGAUCCAUCUUGCAAGACUUCAAAGAGGAUCUCAGUCCCUGCCUCUCAGUCUCAGCGAGCCUUGUGUAGAAAUUGAGAACUCUGGUUUCCUUCAAGAUGAAGAUGAGAGAGUAGAUUAUUAUGGAAACUUAAAAAGGAAAUUAUGGAACAUUCCUAGAAAUUUAUUGGAUAUAGAUAUCUCCUGUGUCGUCGGUUUGGGCAGCUAUGGGAAGUUCACCAGGGGUAAGGUUCAACAGCAUGGUGCACAGACACCUGGACUGGUUCAAGUUGUAGCAGACAGAGAACUGGAAAGACCAGAUAAGAAGCUUAUGCUGCAAGAGUUAGACUUGCUGAUUAAAUCAAGUGAACAUGAGAAUGUGAUAUCUCUACUAGGUAUAUGCGAGACAAACACAACAUUAUUUGUUGUGUUGCAGGACAUAAGGCAAACAUUAAAAGACAUGCUCAUACAAAGCAGACACAGAGAUCUUCAAAAUAACAAGUUUUGCCUCAUAACAGAGAAUAAAUUGCUACAGAUCUGUGUCGAUAUAGCAAGAGGCAUGGAGUAUUUGCACACUAAGAAGAUCAUCCAUAAGAGGCUGUGCUGUCGUAAUAUAACAAUGGGAGAUGAUGGUCUAGCUAAAGUGUCCGGUUUUGGAUUGUCCCAUAUGAGACCUUUGCAUGAAAACCCCGAUUAUACAAGAUGGACAUCUCAUGAAAUGUUGAGGCAGAAUAGAUUUAAUCCUAAGGCUGAUGUGUGGUCAUUUGGCUGUUUAAUGUGGGAGGCGAUGACCUUGGGCGCGACACCGUAUUCCCACUCCGGUAAUAAGGACGUAGCGGCGCGCGUCAUUCGCGGCAUGAGACCGUCACAGCCAUCGUACGUCGCCGAUGAGCUGUUCCAGAUAUGUCUGCAAUGUUGGCAAGUUGAUCCUGAUGAAAGGCCCAUGUUUUCAUCAUUACUUAGUGAACUUUUACCCUUUUCUGAAGGGCCCGGAACUAGAUGUUUAAGUUUUACUCAUUACAAUGGUUUUAAUUAUGAACCACACAUUCCACAAUAUGAAAUAAUCUCAUAGCUAUAGAGUAGGUAGUAUUUUUGCUGAUAGAUUUUUAGUUAUUAGAGGCAACUAAUUAUAUAUUCUUUUAUUUUAACAAUAAUUGAUGAUAUUAAUCCAAAGAUGAUCAGAUGAUCUUAUGUAUUGACUGCUGCUAACACAUAAGUGUGGUCACAUUGGUGAAAUUUAAAUUAAGUAACAGAUAUUUUCUAUAGGUCUGUAGGAUAAAUGCAUAGAGCUGUGUUAACUACUUUUGAUCUACUCCAUUUGAAUUACCCUUAAGCAAUUGUUACCAUUUAAUACUGACAAAAUCAGUGACAACAAACUUUAAUUUUAUUAGAUAAGUUACAUACAUAAUAGACAAAUAAAUUCUUGAUAUAAAUAUAGUUCAACACUGCUGCUUUCAAAGUAGCGAAAUUAUAAAAAUAAAUCAGUAUCAACUACUAAUAAUUUGAUGAAUAUCAUGGUUAAAAGACAGUUUUAUAAAGAAUUGUUUUCAUACAUUUAUAAUGUAUCAUGUAAGUUUUUAUAUUUCAAUGCCAUGCCAAAUGCUGACUCAUAAAUUGUAAAAAAUGCAUUGUCAUGACAUCACUCAUUUUUUAUAUUAUUUUUUGUUGUGAUUUCGCAUUCCGUCCAUGUUUUCGUGUGAAUCUCAU